AUACUAAACCGGGUUUUAUCACCCGGGUGAAACUAAUUAGACGCCUACCACCAUUCUUACAUUGGACUCUCUGAGACUUCCUCGAAAAUUCAUCGCUUUCAACUUCUCUGGGUCUUCUUUGAAUCGGUAAAGUGCUUGAAAAUGGGAAGAGAAAAGAGUCCUGGCUUGAAGAUUCUAUGGGUCUGGACUCUCGGCACUGCUGCUAUAUUGGUGGCUAGUGUUGUACGCACAAGAAUGCAUGACAUGGAGUCUAUGAUGAACCAGGAACAAGCACCCAAACAAACCCACCACUUAACUGCAGCUCCUUCGGAUGUAACAGUUUUGCCUGACUCAGAUCGAGAAAUUGCCAAAGAACUCAAAUGAACAACCGUCAUGGUUCUCUGUUUUUUUCUUUUUGUUUCGUCUCUUCCUUUUCAGUGGGUUGUCCUCUAUGAACAUGAUGUUUUAAUGGUUUUGGUAUGUCUAGUUUGCAACUAUAACUACAAGAUCAUAGAUGUUACAAGGAGAAUAAUAUGAAAAGUGGGGAGUGCUUUAGCAGUUUCUUUGUGUGUAUUGUUUAAAGAAGCUAGCUAGCUUUUGUUUUCCUAUGUUGUGUUAAUCAAGGCUACAAAAUAUGAAAAACCAAUUUUAGAGACUA